GUACAGUAGCCUUGAAGUGAUAAGCGAUAAGCAACAUAUCACAAAUCUGUUUAUGUCUGAGAAAAAUAGACACCUGUAAUUAUUCCUGCAACACUAAAUUUGGAGUAAAAAUAACAAACAAAAAAAAUAUAAUAAUCUAAAUUAGGCAUUACAAUUUUGAAGCCUUUAAAUAAAUUUGGACUUUGUAAUAAUUAUAAUUGAUAAUCAAUAUAAAAAUUAAUUAAUAAAAAAUGGCUCAAUGUCAACCACUGAUAAGUCGUUUAGUUGCUUCAUCAGUAACAGCAGCAGCUCAAGCUGGUAAAAUAAUUCGUGACAUACUUAAUCAAGGUGAAUUAAAUAUUAUUGAUAAGGGUAAAAAUGAUCUUCAAACAGAAGCUGAUAGAUCAGCCCAAAAAUGUAUUAUUGAAUCAUUGAGUCGUCAAUAUCCUGAUGUUACAAUAAUUGGUGAAGAAGGUUCAUCAAGAUGUGAAGUACCAUCUGAUUGGAUUGUCACUGAUAUGGAUCAAGAUGUAUUAAAUUUAAAAUUACCAAAAGAACUUGAAAAUAUAUCUGCCAAGGAUAUUUGUGUUUGGGUUGAUCCUCUUGAUGGAACUUCUGAAUUUACUCAAGGACUUGUUGAUCAUGUAACAGUAUUGGUUGGUGUAGCAAUUGGUUCACGAGCAAUUGGUGGUGUUAUACAUCAACCAUUUUACAAUAAUAAUUCAUCACUUGGUAGAACACUUUGGGGUAUUGUUGGUAGUGGAAUUGGUGGUUUUACACCAAUAUCACCAAUUGAAGGUAAAAGAAUAAUAACAACAACACGUUCACAUUCAAAUAAAAUUGUACAAAAAGCACUUGAUGCUAUGGAACCAGAUGAAAUAAUACGUGUUGGUGGUGCUGGACAUAAAGUUAUGCUUUUACUUGAGGGUAAAGCACAUGCAUAUGUAUUUGCAAGUUCUGGAUGUAAACGUUGGGAUACAUGUGCACCAGAAGCUGUACUUAAAUCAGCUGGUGGUAAUUUAACUGAUUUAUAUGGUGAAUUAUAUUCAUAUGAUGCUAAUACAAAUUAUCAAAAUACAAAAGGUGUUAUUGCAACAGCACCUGGACAACAACAUUCUUGGUAUAUUUCACGUAUUCCAGAAUCGGUUAAACAAGAUAUUUAAUUUAUAUAAUGGAUCUUUCUUUUUCUUUUGUUCCUUUUAAUAUUUUAUGAAUAAUAAAAAAUAGUAUUGAUAUCAUUGUUAUAUGAAAAAUUUAUUAAUUUAUAUAAAUAAUAUUUUUUUUUAAUCAAUUAUUAUUUACCAAACAUUAAAAUGAAUUUUGAAUUAUUUUUUUAUCAACAUUAAAUGAUUAUUUUGUUUGCAAUUAUUUCUUUAAACUGUAAAUAAUUCAUUGGUGUUUAUAUCAUUUAAUUAUGCAGGUAAAUAUUAAAAAUAAUAUUAUAAAAUAAAUUCAAUUUUAUUUAUUUUAUAAUGUAAAAAGAAAAAAAAAAAAAAAACAUAAUUGCAGAGCACUCUUUUCUCCCACUGAUCAGAAAUUUGUUAUUAUAUUAUAAUUAAUUAUCUUUUUAUAAAUAAUUUACAAAAAAAAUAAAAACAUAUUGCACAUUUAAUGUGCUUUAGGUUUUGCUGAUUUUACUUUUUUUAAUUUUUUCAGUCCAUUUAUGUUUGAUUUUAAAUGAGUCCAAUAUGCCUGCUGGAAUUUAUUAACAUCCUUGGAAUGAAUCUAAAUAAAAUAAACAUAAUAUAUAGCUUAUAUUGUUAUCAAAAAAUAAUAAUUUAAUUUUAACUUACAAUUGUUGAUAUUUUUUUUGAACGUAAUGCUGCUCUGACUAAACAAAGGUAUUCUGUUGGUUUUGGUAGAGGUGGUUUACCAUCUCUUGGAACUGGUUUAUUAUGUCCAUUAUCUAUAAUUAAAAAAUUUAAUAAUUAUUAAUAAUUCAUCAAAGAUAAUAAUAGUAAUAAUUAUAUUAAUAAAUAUUUUCUUACAUCUUUUUAUUGUCAAAGUAACUGAGCCUGACAAUCUUGACUUGUCAAACAAUUUUGUUAAUUCACUAAGGAACUGAAAUUAAAGAAAAAAAAACAAUUAAAUUUACGUUAAAAUAAUUAAUAAUUUAAAUGGUUAUGUCUGAUUGAAAAAUCUGUGAUGUUGUCGCGUUGUUGAACAACAAAAAGAUCCAACUGGCUCCACCUGUCUCAACAAUCUCCACGUUGCUUCAAAACAAUUUUUAAUUGUCAAAAAAAAAGGAGAGACAAAAUUUGUUUCUAUAAUUAAUAAUAGAACAAUGGAAAAUUGUGUCAAGGUUGUUGUAUCAAAAAACAAUGAGUGUAUAUUUGAUAAAUCAACAAAUAAAUCAUACAAUGACAUGUCAGGUCUUGUUGAUAAUUUAAAAAAAAUGCAACAUGAUGUCAAUGAUUUUUUGACAACACUUGUCAAUAAAGAGCAUGUUGUCAAAG